AAAAAAUAUAAUGUCACACUACACAAUUAGAGUUAAUAGUGGCUUAAGGCAAACAUAACUUUUAGUUUUUCAUAAAACAAACGAAAAGGGUCCCUUAUGAAAUUAGUUUAAUUUUAAAAGCAUAGGCUAAAAGUGGACAGACUGUGUUAAACGGAAGUUUAGGGUCUUUCCACAAAUUUGAAUGCAACAUUAGCCGGGAAAUCAAAUGCUCUCUUAUGCAAAAACAACUUUACGUGCUGUGUGCUGAGCUAGCCAGUUAGUGCAAGUAGCGAGUCCUUACCUUAGAAUCUUACUUAUUCAAUUAAUUCACAUCUGUAUGCAAGAUUUCAGAAAGAUCUUUCGCUUGCACAUGAAAGAACAUGGGCAGCUACAGUGACUCCACCAGUGACCUAGAUGAGGAGUUGCCUGUGUUUGACUUCCUCCAGCCGGGUCGACGCCUCCGCCGAGCCUCACAGGGCCACGCAGGGAAACCAGAUUCAGAUGGCUCCAAUUCAGAACCCAAGUCCUCAGAAGCGAAGGGCAACACGGGCGCACACACAGGGAAGGCUGAUGUACUGAUGAUCAGCAGCGAUUCUGAUGACGGGGAACCUUAUGUCCCUUUGGCACAGAGACUCGAGCAGAGGCGAGUCAAUGCGAUUAGCACCUCGUCCGCCGUCGGUAAUGGGAAAGAUGCUGAGCGCUGCUCGCCAUCCAAUCUGGCCAGCUCUCUGCUCCCUUGCCAGAAUGUGUUUCCUGAGUCCGAUAGUCCGCUCGGCCUCCAUCAGGUAAGAACAGUGAGCCCAGUUGAGGUGGUGGCUGCUCAGAGAUGGUCGCCUCCCACCGACACCUCUCCUGCCAGGAGGAAACCUGCCAAGCGGACGGAAGAGGAGAUCCAGGCCUGCCGGGAGGAGGCUCUGCAGAAGAGGCAGGCCAGGGAGGGACAGCAGAGGGGCAAGGAGGCAACAAAGCAGGAACAAGAGAGACAGAAAGCAGAGAGGAAAGCUCUGGCGGAGGCAGCCAAGGCCUUGAGGCCAGAGGAGUGCAUCAAGCACAUGGUGGUGGCCGUGGACCCAGCUCUUUUGCAGCUGGAAGGAGGCGGCACCCUGCUGUCGUCGGUGCAGGCCCUGGGCUGCAGCUGCGCCGUAGAGAAGCAACCAUUCCCGCGCAGCGUCAGCUGGAUGAGGAGGGCUCCCUGUGCUCAGCCAGACGACGAUGGCAGCGCGUGUGUGCCAGAGCCCCACGUGGUGAUGCAGAUGACGGUCGACGACUUCAUCACUCUGAUCCACGGCUACGCUCAGGAAGAGAGGCUCGGUGGGAGUGGCUCUGGUCCGACCCUGACGUCCUGGGUGCAGGAGCAGCAGAGACGUUGCCCCAGUAAGGUCCUCAGCUUGGCAGUGAUCGAUCUGGAGAAAUACUUCAGAUCCCAGAAGUCACAGACCCAGAAGCGCUUUCGAGAGGCAGUUGCAGGCGAGGAGCGAGGGGGAGGGAAAGCGAAGAAGAGGAGGAAAAAUGGUGGGGAUGAGGCGCGACCUGAGGUGUCUCGAAUGGAGGUGGAGGAGGCAGUGGUGCAUCUCCAGCUUCACACUGGCGUCUCCAUCCGCUUCUUGUCAAACUGGAAGGACUUCUCGGAUCACAUCACCAUGACGACCAGAGCCGUCGCGGAAGCCCCUUUCAAGCGAGAGAGGGAGAAGACAGGCUUCUCGUUCUACCUGGAGAGCGAGUGGGCGGGGGGGCAGCGGGUGGACAGAGCCGGGAAGGGACUGCAGCAGGUGUGGAAGAGACAGAUCCAGCAGUUGAACAGAGUCAGUCCGGACAUGGCCUCGGCCAUCCUGGCAGCGUAUCCCUCCCCACAGCUACUCAAGAAGGCUUACAAUCUGUGCAAGACCGACCGCGAGAGGCUCUCCCUGCUGUCUGACCUUCUGAUCCGCCGAGGAGAAGGCGUCACCUCCACAACUCGACGCGUCGGCCCGGAGCUUUCCAAACGCCUCUUCCUCAUGAUGAACUCCUGCGAUCCUCAGCAGACUCUGGACUCCACCGUCUGACCUUUUUGAAAUAAGAUUUUUCUCAUCUUUGGACUGCGGCAGUUUCUGUUUAGAAAAUUGAAUUUUUAAACUAUGUAGUAAGAAUUCUAUUUUUAUUACAUUACAUUUUUAUGUCCUUUUUCUUAUGUAUAUAUUUUAGUUUCAUGAAAUUGCAUUUUUGAAGAAUGCAACCAUUAAAGGCACAAGA